AUGAAUUUAUUACAUAAUUAAAAUUCAUUUUAAGUAUAACCUAGUUUUGGAUAAUAAAUUUAAGAUAUUAGGAAUUAAAAUAUUACAUUUUAGAAUAUUGGAGCAAAAGAACAUACAGAGAUACCCAGACUCCUUAAAGAAGAGUUUAGUUUUAAAAAAUAAUAAUAUUCUAAAUUUGAUUAAAAUAAUUUAGAAUAGAAUUCAUUUUAGAAUAAUAGCUUAAAACCUUCAAUCAAAUAAAUUCCAGAAUCAAAAUCAAAUAAAGGAUAAUCAAUAUUCACUACAAGUUUAACUGCUAAUUAAUCUAAUAUACAGAAAGAAAUUAAAAGCAAUCAUUUAAACGACUUUUCCUUUUAUUUAUAAUUAUUGGGAGGAGGAGGAGGACUCAAUAGUAAAGUAAGCGUACCAUCAGGAAAUUUGUUAUCCUUAUUGUUGAAUAAUUGA